AUGUCUGGCGGAAGAAAUGGCUCGUCAAUCCAUGGAUUGACGGGCAAGCCGUUACUAUAUUUUACAAGUAUCUUCGUGAGCUUGGGUGUGUUCUUGUUUGGCUAUGACCAAGGUGUAAUGUCUGGUAUUAUAACUGGACCGUAUUUUAAAGACUACUUUAAUCAGCCAACUCGAGCUGAGAUCGGGACUAUGGUUGCUAUUCUAGAAGUUGGAGCUUUCUUCUCCUCUCUUAUAGUUGGUCGAUUAGGUGAUGUUUAUGGUCGCCGAAGAGUAAUUCUCUGGGGAGCUGUAAUUUUUGUCACUGGAGGUGCUUUUCAGACUCUCUGUAAUGGCAUGGGAAUGUUGGUACUGGGCCGUAUCAUUGCCGGUGUUGGUGUUGGAGCGUUAUCAACCAUCGUCCCGGUCUACCAAUCCGAGAUCUCGCCUUCCCAUAACCGAGGUCAACUUGCAUGCAUUGAGUUCACUGGUAAUAUCAUCGGAUAUGCAUCUAGUGUGUGGGUUGACUACGGCUGCACUUACAUCGAAGGUAACAUGUCAUGGCGUCUACCGUUGUCUAUGCAAUGUAUCAUGGGCGCUCUUCUCGCAAUUGGUUCAUUAAUCAUUUGUGAAUCCCCAAGGUGGCUUCUUGACAAUGAUCACGACGAGGAAGGGAUGGUCGUAUUGGCCAAUCUUUAUGGAGGUGGAGACGUUCACAACGAACAUGCCAGGAACGAAUUCCGCGAAAUCAAGGAAAACGUUAUCAUUACACGCCAAGAGGGCGAGCGCUCAUAUUCGGAGAUGUGGUCUCGAUACAGGAAGCGUCUCUUGAUUGCCAUGUCGUCCCAAGCAUUCGCUCAACUGAACGGUAUCAACGUGAUCUCGUACUACGCCCCAUUGGUUUUUGAACAAGCUGGUUGGGUUGGUCGCGAUGCCAUCUUAAUGACCGGUAUUAAUGGUAUUGUUUAUGUCUUGAGUACCAUUCCUCCAUGGUAUCUUAUGGAUAAAUGGGGUCGUCGCCCAAUCCUUUUGUCAGGUGCUAUUGUCAUGUGUCUUUCACUUUCAGCGAUAUCUUACUUCAUCUACAUCGACGUGCAUUAUACACCACGGAUGGUUGUUAUAUUUGUUAUCAUUUAUAACGCAUUUUUCGGAUAUUCAUGGGGACCUGUCCCAUGGUUGUACCCACCGGAGAUCAUGCCUUUGAGCAUCAGAGCUAAGGGUGCUUCUCUUUCAACGGCGACUAAUUGGGCUUUCAACUGGUUGGUUGGUGAAAUGACACCCGUUCUACAAGAUUGGAUCAAGUGGAGACUCUAUCUGGUUCAUGCCUUCUUUUGCGCCGUCAGUUUUGUGCUUGUAUGGUUUGUAUACCCAGAAACCAAGGGCGUUGCGUUGGAAGACAUGGAUCAAAUCUUCGGAGAUCAAACCGUCGUCGCAACACCGGCAACUGCCAGAGACUCACUCCUUCACCCAAGCCGCACUGGAAGCCCAGUACCCUCACUCGAUAUCGGCCGCUCAGAUGCAAAGCGAACACCCUCACCUGUCUACCGUAGCCGAGGCGGGAGCGGGAUCGGCGGAUGGAUCAAGGGAGUGUUUGGCGGAAAAUCAGAAAAUGAGACCGGAGGAAACUAUAGACGCCUUGAUGAGGGAGAUGACGUUUAG